ACUCUCACAUAUGGGAUCAUCUCUCUUUGGUCACCGUAAAAACGAACAAAGUUGGUCGACGGCCUGGUAAAUGUAGAUAAACAAUUUUUCAACAUUUCGUCAGUUCAAAAUGCGCCACUUGCCUCUUCUGAUUCUAUGUUACAUCUGUUUCGUAGAAAAUUCAUUAGUGUCAAGGAUCAAGAGGCAGACGUCAGUUGAUUCAAAUGCAGAAACUGAUGGGAACGGAGACAGCGUGCUGACUGAUGCGUCCACUCAACAUUUCAAGUCUCCUGAUGGCGUACUCGGAAUGAAUGUGACCGCAAAUGGUAAUUCAUCCGGAACUGGAUCAGCUAACAUACAAACGUCUGCUGGUGGAAAUGUUGGAGAAUCUAAUGUGAACAAUGUUGCGAAUGUUAUGUCUGUCGGUGAUUCGGUGAAUUCGUAUUCCGAUAUUUUCGCGGCAGUGGAAGGAGAAAAAAUGACAUCAAAUGUUCUGCAGCAAGGCAGAGUGGCUGGACAAGGGGCGACACUUUCUAAUGUAAACGGAGGAAGCUCAAUGCAAAAUUCUAAUGGAGCACUGAAAAAUGGGUUUUCAUAUGGAAAUGCUGGAGGAACAGGGUCUAUUAAUACGGAGGCAGAAGUUCAAACUCAACAAGCACUAAGUUGGGAUCAGCUUAUGGCAAGACUGAUGGCAUCGGCUUCUGCUUCAGGACUUGGUAGUGCACAAUCAAAUUUAGAUCUUGGAACCGGAUCAGAUGAUCAGAACAUCACGAUCAGCGGCUUGGUUUCCGGAUUGAACUCUAAUGAGGGAUUGGUUAACACUCUAGUGAAAGGAAACGGAAUAAUCAAUGGCACAGACCAGAAAAUGACCGGCACCAUGUACGGGGUAGCGUCUGGAAAAGGAAACUCUACUCUUGUCGGUGCAAGCUCAAUUGUUAGCAACCAAUCUUCUAGUGCUGGAGAAAUCCAAGCUUUUGGAAAUUCCAAUGCGUUCUCGGAUGGAAACAGUUCGGUGAACUUGAUGUCGAAUACGAAUAUCGAAAGUGAUAGCGGAUUAGGAGUCGUUCACAUUGACGGUGCUGGGCAAGGAACGGAUAACUAUGUGGUUGCUAGCAAUGGUUUAAAAUUUGUCAACUCGGAAAAUGAUGCUGCUUUUGUUGGCUCCGGAAAUAUUCGUGGAAGUGGAAGUGAUACAAACUCACUAGCAUCUCAAAGUGUGGAGACAGCCGUGGAUCCAAGUGGGAUAGUGAAAAUCAUAUCUAAAAGUAAUGGAUCAUCAAUUUCACAUGACAACCAGAAUUCGUCACUAACAUUCAACAACAAUGGAUUAGUAGGAGGAUGGAGAAAUUCAAGUUUUAGUGGAUUUUCAAAUGGAGUUGGUGGUGCUAGUGGAAAUGAAAACAAUGUAACUGGAUCAGGAUUUGUUGAACUUGACGGUGAUAUCAUGAAUGGAAAUUCUUCUAUGCAGGCUUUUGGAAGUGGAAACGGUCCCAUUGCUGCUGAUACUAAAGCUGUCCUGAACUUAAUGGAAAAUGGAGUACAAAAAAAUAGAACCAUACACGGAAUGGCCGCUGCGGAUGGAGAUAACACUCAUGUUCAAAGUUUGUCUAUGAUUGGGAACAUUAAUGGAUCUGAAAGUAUGAACAACUACCAAAGAGUUUUUUCAUCUGGGGCUGGAUCAUCAAGUGUUUCGUCGUCAAGCUCCACAAUUUUCAAGAGAAAAAAGCGUUUUUCUGUGUUAUCCAGAAUUUUGAAACCAAUGAACUAGUUCAGUUCCACAAUGUAUUUGUAAUAAAAAAAUCAAACC